UCCUCUCGUUCAUAAUAGAAUAUCAAUCUUCGGCCUUACUACAUUUACUUGAACCUGUUCUUAACAUUAUCCAAAUUACAAUCUACCGCCACAUUCAUUCCAAACUACAUCUGACUACCAUCGUUACUUCGUACUGGGUCGAGCACGAAUCCCUGUCAUAGAUUCCAACAUGGCAGAAGAAUUUCACGAAGAACCGGCCGAGGGACAGCAGUCAAACCCUGGGGCGGACAUCGAGAUGGGUGAAGGUGAAGGUGAAGAGGCUGGAGUUGCUGCUAGCAACGGCGGCGGAGAAAUGGCUCUUCCUGAGGGUGGUGAUCUCGAACCGCGUACUAGUUAUAUUAGUUAUUUGACCAGCCCAGUCGUCACUCUCCUCGUUGGCACUGGCGAAUCUGAGACUCUCCUUACUGCGCACCAAGCGCUUCUUGCCCAAAGCCCAUGGUUCCUCGACGCCUGCGCAGCUUUCACCGACGAUGGGAGCCCGCGACAAAUAGAUCUGGUAGGUGAAGAGCUAGACGCUGUUGGCUGCUUCCUGGAAUUCCUCUACACCGGCGAUUAUUUCCCUAAGAAGUUACCGGGCCAACGAAUCCUGGAAUCAGACCCUUCGAUCCCGGCCGUCGACGAGACUGGCGAACAGCUCCUAAAGCAUGCGCGCGUCUAUACCCUAGCUGAGAAGUUUGGAGUGGAGAAGUUAAGGAGUCUUGCGAGUAGCAAGAUUCACUGCGUCAACUCCACUGCUAAAGGGGAGAUUGCUUACGCCCGUUACAUCUACCAAUAUACCAACAAGGAGGACACGACAGUCCGCGCCCCGGUGGCCAACUUCUGGGCUACCCGCAGCCACACCCUACGCGCAGAGGCGGAGGAGGAAUUCCGUUCUCUGUGCUUGGAGUUUCCUCAAUUCGGUUACGAUGUGCUUACUCGUGUGUUGGACGAGAAGCUCAAGAGAGAGCGCAACGACAAGCUACACCCGGCAUCAUCAAGUGGACGCAAGCGAGCUCGCCACAGCGGUUUAACACUGGAGCAACGCUCUUAACCAUACUUCACCGACUCUUCCUUCUGGUCAAUGGUGGAGAUCGAAUUAGGGUUAGGUGCGGACCCCCUACGACGUCGGAGAAAAUUAAUAAAAUCGGACCACUAGUCCUUGUAUUAUCACUUCCUGUGGAAAGCGUCUUGGUCUUUGCGAUUCGGUACAUAUCUCGGAGUACGGGUAGGAUACUGUGUUCGGGUUGAGCGCAGAGAAGAAGGGGUGCUUGUACUAUAGGAGUUGUAAAAAGAAUGAUAGGACUAUAGGACUAUAGGACGAAUAAUUCAGUCUGUAUUACUCACAUAGCCAUGGACAUAUUAUGAGGUCUUGACAUGUAAAUUACAUCAUCGGCACUUGAAAGUUAUGUAAGUGG